AGUGCGUAAAAGGUGGUAAGACACAGUAGCUGCAACGCUUCACAAUCCCCAGGUCGCGAUAAGGGGCACAGUGGUGUAAGGCUGUAGAUAAGCGUGAGAGAAGCCACCUGGACACGUCACACACACAUACACUAUUACCAUUAUCUUGAAAUGUUAUGUUUCACAUUUGGAAUUCUGAGGAGUUGAACAGUUUCACUGAAAACGGAAAUGAUGUUCUUGCCAUUGUUUACUCUACUCUUUAUCAAUUGCUGCUACGCUGAAAGUGGUAAGUCUUAUUGCACUCUGUGUCUGCUUUAAUAGACUCGACUCAUAAAAUUCAUAACGGUCAAGAUGAAAGUGGUAAUUCUUAUUGGUUUAUCAGUCUGCUUGAGGUUGUUUAGACACCUAUGUCAAUUGUAAAUGGGGGAAAUGCCCCCCCCCCCCCCGGCUCUGGUUGAUAAGUCUGUGGUGGCUUGUCGAUUAGGAGGCGUCGGCCACCGACCCCCCUCGGCGUUACCCGGGGGACACAACUACUGGGCGCGUCCUGCGUGGGCAGACAAGGGAUGUGCUCGGUACCUGCCGUACAUAAAACAGCUCCUACAAGGUUGCCAGUUGUGAUAUUUCCCAACUGGAAAAAUAGGCAGAGACAGGGUAGGGAUCAUGAUUACAAGUUGCCGUUAAUGGAUAUGAGGCGAAUGUCGAAGGUGGUAACCUCUGGCCGAUGAUUCUUACUACGCAGCCUUGAGAAGCUGCUCCAAGGCAAACGUUUCGUCUCAGCUGCAUCGCGAAUUAGUUGCGUUGUGGAAACCCACUGUGGAAUCCCUCUUAUAGGUCGUCUAACGCUUCCCCGGGAUGGGUGGGGGAAGAUAUUAGGACGUAAAUUUUUCCAUCCCGACUCCUGAGAAAGUCGAUCGUGUGCACUGUGUGCAAACACAGAGUCGGACCGACCGGGUGUCUUUUGGUUAGGAUGGCCCCCGGCCGAGACCCUGGUCGAGCAGACUAGCGUGGGGGCCGUCCUGACAAAGGGACAUCCCCGACGUGCCGCUCCGCGGCCCGAUACCGGGUUGGGGAGGGGUGUUUUGGGGAGGGCAUGAAGAGCGCAAGCUCGACGUCCCACUGACGCCAUUUCUUAAUGUAAUAUUUCAGUGAGGUAAAUGUCAGAGGUGACUGUAACAAUCGCGUGUCAUGUGAGGUAAAAUGUCAGUUUUAAAUGUCACACACAGGUAAAAGCCAAUAUUUAAGUUUACAGGAUGGAGCAAGAUGUCUUCAGUAUAAAUUAUGCAACAUUAUUUAUAUCUCCGUUAUAAACUCGUACUCCAUAGCAGCUCCUGCCACGACGUAGGCGGAGAGCAACUGCUUUAUAAUCAAUAUCCAUGAACAACUCACGUGAAGAAACAGAUACAAUGACAGAAUACACCGUUAGCGAACCCAUUGCUGCUGCUAGCAGUUCAUAAAAAAAGCCAGUUUAUCAGGGCCAAGAAUGCCACUUAAUUGUUGAUAUCGAAUUGCUAGAAGCUUGUCAGAUCAAUGCGUCUCACAAUGUUACCACAGAACCCCAUUAUGAUAUUAACGAAUCAGGGAUAGCGUUGCAUCACAUGUACGCUUUAUUUUACCGCGUAUAUCUCUCUGUCUGUCUCUCCAUCUGUCUAUGUCUCCAUCUGUCUGUGUCACCAUCUGUCUGUCUACCCAUCUGUCUGUCUCUCUCUGUCUGUCUACCCAUCUGUCUGUCUCUCUCUGUCUGUCUCUCCGUCUGUCUGUCUACCCAUCUGUCUGUCUCUGCCACUGUCUGUCUCUCCAUCUGUCUGCCUCUCCCUCUGUCUCUCCAUCUGUCUGUCUCUUCAUCUGUCUGUCUCUCCCUCUUUCUGUGUCUCCAUCUGUCUGUCUCUGCAUCUGUCUGUCUCUCCCUCUGUCUGUCUCCUUCUGUCUCUUGCAAUAUCGCAGGAUGUCUCUCCAUCUCUCUGCCUGUAUAAAAGCUUUAAAAGCGAUGUUUAAAAACGAAUUAUUUAUUUUAACAAUUUACAGCUUCACUCAGACACAUAUGGCUACGCACAGACAGACAUAGCUACACACAUAUACAUAUAGCUUCCCUUAGACGUACAUAGCUGCACGGACAACAAACGACACAGCAAUAAGUGGCUGUCCAGAACAAUAGAAAAAACAACAACUAAUAAGAUAAAAACAAACUAAUAAGAGAAAAAACUAAUAAUAUAGAAAAGAACUAGUCUAAUAAGAUAGAAAAACUAAUAAGAUAGAAAUAAGUAAUAAGAUAUUAUAAAACUAAAAAGAUAGAAAAAACCUAAUAAGAUAGAAAAAGUAAUAAGGUGGAAAAAAAACCGAAUAAAACAGAAAAAAAAAACAUAAGAUAGAAAAAACAGAAAAAUCAAUGCGCAUUCCAUCAACCUGAUUGAUGUUUGAACAUCGAUUUGCGAACCACUGUUUAGAACAUCAGGUGGAACAUAGCUAACUUGUUUCGUUCACAUAAUCGACCCCACCCUUUAAUUUGAGAACCACUGUUUAGAACCAUCGGGGCAGAGCAUUGCUUACUUGUUGCGUUCACAUAAUCGACCCUGCCCUUUAAUUUGAGAACCAAUGUUUAGAACCAUCGGGUAGAACAUUGCUAACUUGUUGUGUUCACAUAAUCGACCCUAACCUUUACUGUUGAAUGUCGUUCGCUAAUCUCUUUUUCUUAUUUCUGUCCCGUGCAUUUGUCUCCGUUACCUCGUCCCCUGCUCAAGUAAACUCCGUUUAUCUCCAUUCCAUCUUUUCUCCUUUUUCUUUUCUCCCCAUCUUUCUUUUAAAAAUUGGUUGCAUCUCGCAAUGUUUUCCUUACGAAGCUUGCCUUCAGUAGUCUGUCUCUUGUGACCCCAAAGUUAAUCGUCAAAAUUUUACACAAUAGGAGGUGUACCACGAGAAGGUUGAUUUAUUUAAAUUAUGUAUAGAACAAAUAGGUCCACCUUUAACUUGUAAAGUUAGAGCAACUAGGUCCACCUUUAACUUCUAAAGUUAAAAUAUCUAGGUCCAGCUUUAACUUCUAAAGGUAGAACAGCUAGGUCCACCUGCUUUAACUUCUUAAGUUAGAACAACUAGGUCCACCUUUAACUUCUUACGUUAGAACAACUAGGUCCACCUACGUCAAACUUAAUCUAAUGAUUCGAUAAUGUGACCCCCCAGGUUUCUUCUGGCACGUGACCGACUUCCACUACGACCCGACCUACUGGACAAGUCAGCUGUCCUGCAAUGACGUGGUGGCCCACCCCGGGAAAUAUGGCGACUACUGGUGUGACUCGCCCUGGGCUCUGGUGCAGGACAGUAUCGAUAACAUGGCGAGAAUAAAGAGCGAUGUCGAUUUCAUCAUCUGGACAGGGUAAACUGCCACCUAUGACAGCAUAAAUGUUAGAUCGAAUUUUAUAAUUUUAUACUUAAUUAUAUAGUUUGUCUAUUUCAUAAUUAAUACACUAAUGUCAGAAAGAAACUAAACAUUUCAUUUAAAAUUUACUAAUUUAUAAACAAUAGCCUAAAACAAUUCAAAUAGUUCAGAUUAUUGAUUCAUGUCUUCAUUUUGAUCUGUUUUAGAGAGAAAAAAAAUGUUUAUCCGAAACUUUGUCACUGACCUACUUCCUAAAACUAGGGUCGAACUUCUAGGUACAAACGUUUAAUUUGUUCACAGUCUACAUUUUUUUAAAAGGUCUUUUUCGUGUAGGCACAAAUGACCACUCUGUCAGUCAAUGUAGCCACAAAGGACCACUCUUAUCAAUCGAUGUAGCAACAAAUGACCAGUAAUCUGUCAGUCAAUGUAGCCACAAAGGACAACUCUUAUCAAUCGAUGUAGCCACAAAUGACCAGAAAUCUGUCAGUCAAUGUAGCCACAAAGGACAACUCUUAUCGACCGAUCUAGCCACAAAUGACCACUCUGUCAAACGAUGUAGCCACAAAGGACCACUCUUAUCAAUCGAUGUAGCCACAAAUGACCAGUUAUCUGUCAGUCAAUGUAGCCACAAAGGACGACUCUUAUCAAUCGAUGUAGCCACAAAUGACCAGUAAUCUGUCAGUCAAUGUAGCCACAAUUAAUCACUCUUAUCAGUCAAAGUAGCCAUAAAUGAUCACCCUUUCAGUCAGUGUAGCCACAAAUGACCACUCUUAUCAAUCGAUGUAGCCACAAUUGAUCACUAUUAUCAGUCGAUGUAGUCACAAAUGACCACUCUGUCAGUCAAUGUAGCCACAAUUGAUCACUCUUAUCAGUCAAUGUAGUCACAAUUGACCACCCUAAAGGUCAGUGCAGUCACAAAUGACCACUCUUAUCAGUCGAUGUAACCACAAUUGAUCACUCUUAUCAGUCAAUGUAACCACAAUUGAACACCCUAUCAAUCAGUGUAGCCACAAUUGACCACCCUAUCAAUCAGUGUAGCCAAAAUUGACCACCCUAUAAAUCAAUGUAGCCACAAUUGACAACCCUAUCAGUCAGUGUAGCUACAAAUGACCACUCUAUCAGUCAAUAUAGCCUCAAAUGACAGCAAUAUUCCACCCCAUCCCCACUCACCAGAGACAACAUGGCCCACAUAGACGAUGCUCAUACGUCACUCGACACCAACCUGGGCGUGCUUGAUAACGUUACAAGGGCUCUCAACAGCAGCUUUCUCGGCACCCCCUUCUACCCUUGCCUUGGUAACCAUGACUACUACCCCAGCGAUCAGGCCGGAAGUGACAUCGACUUGUACAGUCGCAUGGCUGAGAUGUGGGGAGGAUGGAUCAAAGACCCAGCACAAAUUGAGCUUUUCAAGAAAGGUGAAUUAACAUCAGCUCCUAGACCUCUGACCUCUGACAUUUCUAUUGUCUUCACAUUCUAAAGGCUUUAGCUCGCUGAAAAAUGUUCAAACUUUAUUUGGUCAAUUAUUUUUAAGAUCUUCUACAUGACUUGUGUCUAUAUUUUUCUAGAUUAGUGGUUCUCAACCUUCCUAAUGCCGCGACCCUUUAAAACAGUUCUCCAUUUUAUGGCGACUCAACAACCACAAACUUAUUUUCGUUUCUACUUCAUAACUGUAGAGUAAAUGUGUUUACCGCUGGUCUUAGGCGACCCAUGGGAAAGGCUCGUUUGACCCCAAAAGGGGUGGCGACCAAUGUUCCCUUUAAGCUGCGCGGCUGCGCUCCUAUCUCACAGACGCCGCGCAGCAGUUUUGAGUACCGCAAAGCAAAUUUCCAUGUAUGUGUGUGUUUGUGUUAGUGGGCUGUAAAAUUUUGCACACAAAAAAAUUGAUGCUGUAAAACUUUGCUCACAACUGUAUAAUUUUGCACACGAACCAAAAUACCCUAGAGGGAACAUUGGUGGCGACCCGCGGGUUGAGAAGCGAUGCUCUAGAUCAGGGGACUCCAAACUACGGCCCGCGGGCCGCUUUUGUCAACGGAAAAAAAUUACUGAAAUGUACGUGUAUCCUGCCAAGAUCAGACGCCGCUGACUGGACGUUAUGUUUUUGCCGAAUUAGAGGCACGCAGUAGUGCGUUAUGUUUUCCAACCGUUCAUGACUUGGCAAAACUUUAUUCGCUGCUUAGUUUUUCUACAGUCAAUGAGAUGAUAUGACGCCAUCCAGUAGCGGAGCUUUGCCCACCGUGUUGCAGACAUGGGUGAAAACAUUGUGAUUCAAAUAGCGAAAAAUGCAAGCAAGUUUCGCCAAUUUUUAAUUGCAAUGGAUGAAUCGCUGGACAGCUGUUCCACCUCUCAACUGCUUGUGUUCGUUAGAGGUCCGGAUGAAGACUUGAAAAUAAAACAAGAGCUGGCUUCCCUACAUAUCAUGUACGACACUGUUACCAGAGAGGAUAUAUUCAAUGAGUUGAAAAAAAAAAUUAUGAUUAUAACUUGGACUGGACUAACCUCAGUUGCCUGACUGUUGAUGGAAGAAAAAAAUGAUUGGCAUAAAGAAAGGCUUUUUUGGACAAGUGAAGCAGAUGUGUAAUGAGAAAAAAUUCUGCAACCAAUGUUCCUGCACUGUAUUACUCAGCAGAAAGCUUUGUCUGAAAAAUAUGUGGACAUUAGCAGCGUACUGAAUCCUGUGGUAAAGAGGGUUAAUUUAAUAAGGUCACAUGGGCUCAACCAUAGACAGUUCAGAGACAUGUCAAAAUGAACAGACACAUAAUCGGAAGAUUUACCAUAUUACACAGCAAUAAGAUGGCUAAGUUGUGAGAAAGUUCUGAGCAGAGUAUUUAAGUUAAGAAAGGAAAUAGGUGACUUCCUAGAAAGUAAAGGCAAGCCACAGCCAUUAGUGUCUGAUGAAGAGUGGGUAUGGAAAUUCGUCUAUGAUGCAGACAUAACUAGUCAUUUAAAGUUUCUGAACCUAAAACUACAAGGAGAGGAAAAUCUAGUUUCUGAUCUAUACACCUUUCUAAAGGCCUUCAGAUCCAAACUCGUCUUGUUUUUUGGAACUAGUACAGGCCAACAACUUGACACACUUUCAGCAGUGGACGGUCUUCAUGGCUGACGCAACAGCGGAGUUCCCCACGUCAUUUUUAUGGGAGAUCAUCAAAGACCCCCAGCUGCAGUGGCAACAGCGGUUUUCUGACUUGGAUUUAAAGGCAGAAGGAGUGAGACUUUUUCAAAACCCUUUUGAAGCAGAUGUGGCCAGUCGCCCAGAUGAACUGCACCUGGGGGUCAUUGAGUUGCAAGCAAAUGACCUCCUUGGGACAAGUUAAAAGAAGGACCGGUGGGUUUUUAACUAGUUUUCGCCAAAAGAAGACUUUCCUAAUUUCAAAACAUAUGCAUCAAUGUACCUUUCAAUCUUUGGAACAACAUGCCUGUGUGAACAAACAUUUUCAAGAACGAAAUAAAUGAAGAACAAUUAAUUUGAGAACAAAUUUGUCUGAUUAUCAUCUCAGGUCACUGUUGAUGUUGGGGACAUCAAAUCUAAAUCCAGAAAUGUCUGCUAAUCACUGCUAUUUUGGCAUCCAGGAAACAAUUUCACCAUUCCCACUAAUACAGGUGUUGACGUGUCGUGUAUCAAUGUCUUAUUAAAUAAUAACUGAACUAAAUAAUAUUACAUAAAUAAUUAAAAACAACAUCAAUGUUUUGAUUCUUUUUUAUUUUGACCUCGAGUGUGUAGUCGGCCCCCGAACUGCUGUUUUAUAGUUAAUGCGGCCUUCGGGCUGAAAAGUUUGGAGACCCCUGCUCUAGAUAAAAAUUAAAAAUUUGAGUUUUUUCACAAGCACAAUUUUCCUGUUUUAUUUUUUGCCGAGCCUAUUUCCACAUAGACGCCAUGAUUCAUGUAGACUUAACCAUUUACAGAAGACUGAACAUUUGAGGAAAUUCUAAGGGUAAAAAUUGAGAGCAAGUUGUCACAAAAUUUGAGAAACCAUGAUUUUUUACAAUCCUAGAUAUAAAUCACGUGACCUUCUAUCACCCAUUUGAUUUAUCACUGUCAAUUCACACAAUUGAUGUGCUGAUAUAUCACUUAAGUGUCUAUCCACACAACUGAUGUGCUGGUGUAUCACUUAACUGUAUAUCCACACAAUUGAUGUCCCUCAAUGGCUGAUCAUUGACCUCCCACUUACAUCUAUCCUCCCAUCUGACCCAGGCGGCUAUUACAGUGCCCUGAUCAGACCCAACCUUCGGCUGCUGGCCCUCAACACUGUACUGUACAUGCAGGGCGACGAGGUCACUGCCAACCAGACGGAUCCUGCUGACCAGUUCAAGUGGAUCGACAGUGUACUCAGUACAUCUAGGUCAAGGGGAGAAAAGGUGAUUGCUUGUUAAAACGUGAGGUGUGUGUGUGUUGGAGUGGGGUAGGGAGGGAGUAUUGGGGUAAAAGAAAUUGAAUUCAAAAAAUGUUUUCCUUCUUUGACUAAAUCUUCCAGGCCUUUGCAUUUUUGACGUGAUAACGUGAUAACGUGAUAAGGUACCAAACAAACUGACCAGAGUAAGUAGCCUACUGAUUCCUGGCACUGGACGUGCCCCGUUGCUUACGCCUAUGUUUUGUUAAUUAAUUUUUUGUAAAUCUUCCAGGUGCUGAUCACGGGACACAUCUCUCCAACAUUUAUCGUACCAUCUCUCGUGGACUGGUUCCAGCCCAGAUACCAUCAGCCCUAUGUUGACCUCAUGACGCAAUACUCGGACAUCAUUAUAGCGCAUCAUUAUGGACAUGACCACGCCGACACCUUUAGAGUUCUACAGAGAUCCAAUGGUGGGUAGAACUAAAGGUGAUAGUCUGAUGGUGGGUAGAACUAAAGGUGAUAGUCUGAUGGUGGGUAGAACUAAAGGUGAUAGUCUGAUGGUGGGUAGAACUAAAGGUGAUAGUCUGAUGGUGGGUAGAACUAAAGGUGAUAGUCUGAUGGUGGGUAGAACUAAAGGUGAUAGUCUGAUGGUGGGUAGAACUAAAGGUGAUAGUCUGAUGGUGGGUAGAACUAAAGGUGAUAGUCUGAUGGUGGGUAGAACUAAAGGUGAUAGUUUGAUGGUGGGUAGAGCUAAAGGUGAUAGUUGAUAGUCUGAUGGUGGGUAGAACUAAAGGUGAUAGUCUGAUGGUGGGUAGAACUAAAGGUGAUAGUCUGAUGGUGGGUAGAACUAAAGGUGAUAGUUUGAUGGUGGGUAGAGCUAAAGGUGAUAGUAUGAUGGUGGGUAGAACUAAAGGUGAUAGUCUGAUGGUGGGUAGAACUAAAGGUGAUAGUCUGAUGGUGGGUAGAACUAAAAGUGAUAUUCUGAUGGUGGGUAGAACUAAAGGUGAUAGUCUGAUGGUGGGUAGAACUAAAAGUGAUAGUCUGAUGGUGGGUAGAACUAAAGGUGAUAGUCUGAUGGUGGGUAGAACUAAAGGUGAUAGUCUGAUGGUGGGUAGAACUAAAGGUGAUAGACUGAUGGUGGGUAGAACUAAAGGUGAUAGUCUGAUGGUGGGUAGAACUAAAAGUGAUAUUCUGAUGGUGGGUAGAACUAAUGGUGAUGUUUUGAUGGUGGGUAGAACUAAAGGUGAUAUUUUGAUGGUGGGUAGAACUAAAGGUGAUAGUCUGAUGGUGGGUAGAACUAAAGGUGAUAGUCUGAUGGUGGGUAGAACUAAAGGUGAUAUUUUGAUGGUGGGUAGAACUAAUGGUGAUGUUUUAAUGAUGAGGAGAACAAAAUUUGAUGUUUUAAUGGUGUUAAGAACUAACGUUGAUGUUUUGGUGAUGGCAACAACUAAAGGGGAUGUUCUGAUGGUGGGUUGAAACAAAGGUGAUUUUUGUAUGGGUAGAACUAAAGGUGUUGUUUUGAUGGUGGGUAGAACUAAAGGAGAUGAUUGAUGGUCGGUAGAGAUGGUGGGUAGAACUAAAGAAGAUGAUUGAUGGUCGGUAGAGAUGGUGGGUAGAACUAAAGGUGGUGUUUUGAUGAUAGAUGGAGAAACAGGUAAUAUUUCAACGGAAACAUGAGGGACUGUAUUAAAGGGUCGUGGCAUUAGCAAGGUUGAGAGCCAUGAUAAGAGCAAUGAUACUGAUGUCUUCCCUUUUGGAGCUUACAGGCCGGCCAGCGGGUGAGAUUAUUUGGAAAGUUCCGCUGGGCUUCAGAGAAGAGCUGACCGAAUGUAACAAGUCUGGGAGCUAUCGAUAAAUAAAACCUGCUUAUUUAAUGAUGCUGUGUAACUCUGGCACUUUGUUAUAAAGUUGAACUGAGGUAACGUAGAGAAUGUUUACCAUUGUGUAGAUCAGGGGUGGGCAAACUACGAACCGCGGGCAGCAUGCGGCCCAGCAACUGCUAUUAUGCGGCCCUCGAAAGCAUUAAAAAAAAAAUUAAAAUUACUUUGUUUUUUAAGUUAUUUUGUUAAAUUUUACAGAAUUUCAUGUACCGUGAUGAUUGUUUUUACAUUUGUGAUCAAAAUUCUUUCUAAUUUUGUAUUUGUUAAAUAGUCCUUGAUUUUUGUCAUGUAAUGCUAAAAUGUGAAUUUGAAGAUUUUAAUAUAGAGAAAUGUUUAUCGCGAUGUAAAUAUUGGACACUAUAUACAUGCGCCACCCCCCCCCAAUAGCUUUACAUUUGUCAAUGUGGGCCUCCCCAUAAAAAAGUUUUCCCACCCCUGGUGUAGAUGACCAUGGUCAGAAACGCGUAGGUAGCUUUGUGUAGAUGUGAGAUUAUCCUACCACAUGAUCUGAGCUCCGCCAAUGCACAUCUCAUCUCAAGAGAUGAAAUUCAUUUACAGGCACGGGGGCGUCUGCGAUUUUUAUUGCGCCCUCGAUUACACCAUGGCGCUACCGCAUCCCAACUGAGACAGGCGCCCCACACAAUCCCGGGAUCAGGCUCGUGGAGUACGACCGAGUGACGGGCGCCCAUAUGAACUACCACCAAUACUUCAUCAACUUGACCGACAGCAAUAGGAAUGGGGUGACCAACUGGGUAUGUACACUGCUGUCUCUGGUGCUUGCAAGUGCACUGGAGCAAAAUGUUUCGUUUCGUCCGUAAGAAGCUCUUCAAGAAAUCAAUGAAUUUAAACAUCGAGCAGUUAUAGUGACAUCCGUUUAGGUUUAGGGUUAGGGUCAGGGUCAGGUUCAGGGUUAGGGUUAAGGUGGUAGAGUGACCUUUGGGGGUCCUCUGAAUUUUUUAGGUUAUUUGCAACCCCCAACCCGCUUUCUUUUUUUUUUGGGGGGGGGAGGGGGGGCAUUCAAAGUUGACAGUUUAUUUGUUUUCGAAACCCCAACUUUGUGUCACUAAAAUGUGUUACGUUCUCUGUGGUUUUCCUGUGGUAUUCCGUUUCCCGCUGGAGUCCUCUUCUCCAUUAGAAUCCUAUUCCUCGGUGGGAUCAUUUUCCCAGUGUUGUUUUGUUCCCGGUAGGGUUAUGAAGGAUAUGUUCAGAGGAAUCCCCAGGAAAGUCUAGAACUGAAUAGAACUAAACUGGCAUUUCAAUAUGUUUAGAGCAAUCCCCAGGAAAGUCUAGAACUGAAUAGAACUAAACUGGCAUUUCAAUAUGUUUAGAGUAAUCUCCAGGAAAGUCUAGAACUGAAUAGAACUAAACUGGCAUUUCAAUAUGUUUAGAGCAAUCCCCAGGAAAGUCUAGAACUGAAUAGAACUAAACUGGCAUUUCAAUAUGUUUAGAGCAAUCCCCAGGAAAGUCUAGAACUGAAUAUAACUAAACUGGCAUUUCAAUAUGUUUAGAGCAAUCCCCAGGAAAGUCUAGAGCUGAAUAGAACUAAACAGACAUUUCAAUAUGUUUAGAGCAAUCCCCAGGAAAGUCUAGAGCUGAAUAGAACUAAACUGGCAUUUCAAUAUGUUUAGAGCAAUACCUAGGAAAGUCUAGAACUGAAUAGAACUAAACAGACAUUUCAAUAUGUUUAGAGCAAUCCCCAGGAAAGUCUAGAGCUGAAUAGAACUAAACAGACAUUUCAAUAUGUUUAGAGCAAUCCCCAGGAAAGUCUAGAGCUGAAUAGAACUAAACAGACAUUUCAAUAUGUUUAGAGCAAUCCCCGGGAAAGUCUAGAGCUGAAUAGAACUAAAUAGACAUUUCCAUAUGUUUAGAGCAAUCCCCAGGAAAGUCUAGAACUGAAUAGAAAUAAACUGGCAUUUCAAUAUGUUUAGAGCAAUCCCCAGGAAAGUCUAGAACUGAAUAGAAAUAAACUGGCAUUUCAAUAUGUUUAGAGCAAUCCCCAGGAAAGUCUAGAGCUGAAUAGAACUAAACAGACAUUUCAAUAUGUUUAGAGCAAUCCCCAGGAAAGUCUAGAGCUGAAUAGAACUAAACAGACAUUUCAAUAUGUUUAGAGCAAUCCCCGGGAAAGUCUAGAGCUGAAUAGAACUAAAUAGACAUUUCCAUAUGUUUAGAGCAAUCCCCAGGAAAGUCUAGAACUGAAUAGAAAUAAACUGGCAUUUCAAUAUGUUUAGAGCAAUCCCCAGGAAAGUCUAGAACUGAAUAGAAAUAAACUGGCAUUUCAAUAUGUUUAGAGCAAUCCCCAGGAAAGUCUAGAGCUGAAUAGAACUAAACAGACAUUUCAAUAUGUUUAGAGCAAUCCCCAGGAAAGUCUAGAGCUGAAUAGAACUAAACAGACAUUUCAAUAUGUUUAGAGCAAUCCCCAGGAAAGUCUAGAGCUGAAUAGAACUAAACAGACAUUUCAAUAUGUUUAGAGCAAUCCCCAGGAAAGUCUAGAACUGAAUAGAACUAAACAGACAUUUCAAUAUGUUUAGAGCAAUCCCCAGGAAAGUCUAGAACUGAAUAGAACUAAACAGACAUUUCAAUAUGUUUAGAUCACAUUUUAUAUCCCUUUGAACUACAGGUAUAUAGAUCCUUCUGGCAUAUUCUAGAUUAUUUUUAAUAUCCUCCUCAAACUCGUGGAUCCCGACCCCAAACAGAAUGUUAUAAAAAGUUCAAAACCCCCCAAGAGUUCCUUUUGGAUAAUGAUGGAUAUAUGUUCCAAGUUUGGUCAAGAUCCAUCAAUCCAUGUAAAAGGCUUUGUGGAGCAAACCUACAAAGAAACACAUUCUCUCUAAUUUUUAUACACAUGAUAUACCAAUGAUACACGAAAAAAAGACCUUAGACAGUCACGUGAUAAACGAAUAGGUCCAUAUGUAGUCCAUAGCUACAACCCUCCUAUCAUCUAAUCACACCCACGAACUCCUCACCCAACUUGAUCCACCCCUGCCUAACAACCCCCUCACUUGAUCCACCCCUGCUUAACAACCCCCUCACUUGAUCCACCCCUGCCUAACAACCCCCUCACUUGAUCCACCCCUGCUUAACAACCCCCUCACGCCACACUACAAUGUCAACAACAGGAGCCAUGUGAUUGAGUUGAGACACACUUUUAAUCCAUUAACUUGAUUAAUUAUCUUCAACGAAUUUAAGAUAAUUAAAACGAGUUGCCCAAUAGUUAGCCACAAGUGAUCGACCCUUGGGUCCUGGGGUCAAGUGUACGAUCACGGAUCCGGCAGAUUCCAGUCCAAAGAAAAACCACAGUUGGCUUGGCUCUCCGUGUGUGUGUAUGUGUGUGUAUGUGUAUAUGUGGUAGGGUUUUUAGUGUGCGUGUGAAGUGUAUGUUGUGUGUGUGUGUGUGUGAUUGUAUACGUAUGUGUGAAGGGGUGGGGUACGAGAUUUAACAGCCUAAUCGUAUUAAAACAGUGUGGGGCAAAUAGGUGUGUGGUAAUAUUUAAAGGACUUCUUAGAUCAGACCAGAUAGAUAGUCGUUUCGUUAGCAGCUUAUAAUUUUCGUCAGUGGUCGAGGCAGCUUUUUUGUACCUGAGCCAUUCGAUUUCUAGUUUAGAGAACCGCUGUAAACCUUGUCCCUGAUAAUCUGAAGGUGUCUAGCGUGAUGGCGUGAGGUGUGAUGGCGUGAGGUGUGAGCCAGUCCAAAUUGGAGAGCAAUUUCCGGCUGGUCCAAUAUUGAUUAACGUAGUGAUGGUGGCACAUGACGUCACUGACAUUUUUGUGUGUGUGUGUGUGAUGACAUAACAUUUUAGAAAGUAUUAUUACGAAAUGUGUGUGUGUGUGUGGGUGUGUGUGGGUGUGUGCGUGUGUGUGUGUGUGUGCAGUAUAGUGCGAAGGGGGCCACUCAUCUCGGGCGCCAACAUCAGGAGGGGCAAAAUUGUCUUUAGAUUUGAUCUUAAUAGUGAAUUAAACAAUACAAUGUGACCUACUUCACAAAUCUAAAGGGUGACAGAAUCGACAUUUUACUGGUCCUCUCUGGGCGACACUUUUAUACAUCGAGGGGUGUCAUUUUCCGGCUUCGCCCCAGGUGCCGAUUUUCCUCGGCACGACACCCUUUGUGUUUGUUUUUUGUCCGUGUAUAAAUGCGUUCGACUGUAUUUUGGUAUUUAUAGGUUUGAAUGUGCAGGUAUUUGUAUGUGUGAGUGAAUCAUUUCCCUUAUUCAAGUAAUGUAUGAGUAUGUUAGCAUCACAGUCUUUGCUUGGGCAUUCGCCUAGACAAGUCCUCAUAGUUGUAACACCAAGCGUUCAUUAUCACACAAAACUACAUUUUCCAAAACACUGUUAAACGACGUAAAACAAUACACAUAUUAGAGAAAAGAAAUGACAACUUUAAAAAGUUCAUUCGGUAUUGACAUGAGUACUAUAUAUAUAUAUAUAUUAUUGCAAGACGCAAGGAAGCCACCUUUUCCACAGUUCGUUAAUUGUUCAUUAAACAUUUCGUUAUUGUAUUUAAGUCCAAAAAUAUAUUAAAAAAUUGCACAAGGGUUCUCAAAUUUAAGGGAAGAAGCAACUCAAUAGGACCCUCAACGUUAGAUCAUUGAAAGAAUAUUAUCAAACAUUUUAUGUUUAUCAUUUCGAUAACAUUUGUGACUAAAUUCUUUAGCUCUUGCACUUGUUACACUUGACCCCACUUGUAACCCUUGGUCAACGUGUGACACUAGGCCACACAUGUAGUAUUGGACCACCAUUGUAACACUCGGUGACACACUUGACCAAACUUCACGACGCACCUUCAUUUUUUUUUCCAGACAGAGCUGUACGACUUUCAAAAAACUUACCAUGUAUCAGACAUGAGCGUCCAGUCUCUGCUGACCAUCUACAAGUCCAUGCAGACCGUGGGCAAUGAGCUGCUCCUCAAGUUCUGUGACCACAUGCUGGUGACCAACAUACCCCAGAACUGUACAGACGCCCAGCAGGCCGGGAUCUGGUGUGGGGGACAGAACACGGACAUCCACGACGCCAAGAUUUGUGUCAACGAGUUCAUUCACCGAGCACGACGGGUUGACAUCUUGAGCUAUUUUCUUAACGUCCUUUUCGACUUCUUUAAAGAUUACUUAUAAUCUACAUGUGUGGGAAUAUGUAACAUUUCAUUACAUUUUUGGUGAUCUUAUCUUGGACCAUUUUGUUUUGGAUAGAUUCACCCUCACUUUUCAUCUAAAUCUAACCGUUUCCGAUAGAUUUGAAAAAGGAGGUCUUUAAAAAGAAUAAUAAUGACGUCAUCUUCCUAUUGCUACAUGGAGACCAAGGAUUUAGAACGGAGCCUUGAGCUGGAGAACUUCUGCCUUGCCCAACUCUUCUUCCCGCUAUUUUGCCCCACUCUUCCACCAGCUUUGUUUCCCCACCCUUCUACCAUCUAUGUUGCCCCACUCUUAAACCAGCUAUGUUGCCCCACUCUUUUACAUGUUAUGUCGCCUCACUCUUGUACCAGCUGUGUUGCCCCACUGUUGUACCAGCUGUGUUGCCCCACUCUUGUACCCCAGCUAUAAUGCCCCACUCUUGUACCAGUUAUAUUGCCCCACUCUUGUACCAGCUGUGUGUCCCCACUAUUGUACCAGCUAUAAUGCCCCACUCUUGUACCUGCUAUGUUGCCCCCCCCCCAUUUUACCUGCUAUGUUCCCCCGGUUCUACCAGCCAUCGUUACUGGUACAUUCAUUUAUAUUGCCUCGUUAAUAAGACGAGCAUGUGGCAAUAUUAAACACUAAUCAUCAUCAUCAUUAUCAUGUCCCUUAGUCUUUGGACCGUUGGGGUGCCACAGAUGACAUGUGAAAUAUCCUCCUCCAUUCGUCUCUAUCUUCUGCACUACGCACAACAUCGCCCAGUGUUAGCCCUGUCCACUCUUUGAUGUUAUCCUCCCAUCUUUUUCUUUGUCUUCCUCUUCUUCUUCCUUCUCGUGUGGUGCCCUGCAAUAUUUAUUUGGCAAGCCCUUGUUUCCUUGUUACGUGGCCGUACCAUUGUAGUUUGCGUUUUUUCACAGUCACCAGUAGGUCAUCGUACUCCCCAAUUGCCUGGCGAACCCUUUCUUUCACUGUAUCAUUGGAGAUAUGGU